CUGGAGUCUUCCAACUUGCCUCCGAUUCAGCAGGUUCUCCUACAACAUGGCGGCCCGUGUCCUGCAACAGUGUGUCCGCUCGCUUGGCCGGCCCUCAUUGAGGCUUUGCCCAGUCAACCUCGCGCUCAGAGCGGCUGUCGCCCCGGCAGUCACCGUCCACCGACCAUUCUCCUUCGCUGCAGACAGCCGGAGGACGCGGUGGCUGGGACAGAGCAGGAUCUCAUCAGUGGGGUUGCUGUGCCGACAGUAUGGCGACCUGCCCCCCCUCACCCUAGAAACCAUCAAAGACCGYGUCUUGUAUGUACUGAAACUCUACGACAAGAUCAACCCAGAAAAGCUUCAGGUAACCUCCCAUUUCAUGAAAGAUUUGGGAUUGGACAGCUUGGACCAGGUGGAGAUCAUAAUGGCCAUGGAAGACGAGUUUGGCUUUGAGAUCCCAGAUGCCGAAGCGGAGAAGCUCAUGACUCCUGAGGAGAUUGUACAGUACAUUGCAGACAAGAAGGAUGUUUAUGAAUAAUAGUUCAAAGAAGGUGCCCACCCCAUGGGAAGUACUUACGAAGCAGAUCGGCGCCACUUUUUUUUUUUUUUUCCACUUAAACAUCCCCGCCCUCAUCAAGCUCUUCGGUCCAUCGUCGCAACGUCUGCAAUCGCCUGCAAUCGCCUGCCGUGUCUUGUGUUUCACUGUAUUUAAAACGAACAUGUGCUCGGGAGCUCGGAUGUYAAGAAGCUGUAUUAAAUGAGGAUCCAUCACAGCUCUGAGUUUUAUUUUACUUCAGGUUCCAGCCUGUCAAAUUGAUGUAUAAUUUUCUCAUGAAUAGAUCAAUAAAGGCAGGAUUGUUUGGUUCUGUAAA